AUGGAAGCUUCGGCCGUUGCGGAGACGAUGAGUUGGUAGCGCGAAGCUUUCUUUUCUUCCUUCUCUCCGUCAUUUCUUGAUUUUUAAAAAAAAAAAAUCGUCUUUGUCCCUCUAAUUUCUCAAGAUCCUACAAGCUUCUCUAUAAUCUCAUUUUUUUAAAAUAUUAUAUAUAUUAGCCAGCCUUCCACCCCCCCAUUUCUUCAUCUCCUCCUCCUCCUCCCUAAAAAAGCUCAAUCGCCGAAGUUCCAUUUACAUAGAUGGCGACGACGAUGGCGGCCUCAGCAGAGAACGAAUGGGAGGUCAGGCCGGGAGGCAUGCUGGUCCAGAAGCGAACCCCCGACUCCGAAUCCGCCUCGCCCUUCGCCGCAGCUCCCGUCCCCACCAUCCGCGUGAAAGUCAAGUACGAAUCCUCAUACUACGAGAUCUACCUCAGCUCGCAGUCCACAUUCGGCGAGCUGAAGAAACUGCUGGCGGAGCGGACGGGCCUGCACCCGGAGGAGCAGAAGAUACUGUACAAGGCCAUAAAGAAGAGGGCAGGACCGGAGUUCCUUGACCUUUCCGGGUGA